CCAACAUCAAUCAGGGAGGAGGAGGAGUCAAGAGUGGCUCUGGCCCGGGGAACAGCUGCAUUUCCAGAAUAACUCUCACCCUGAAAAGUGUGGUGCUCUCCUUCGACUCCGUAGGAAAGUGUUUGCCAGGCGCGGUUACUCUGCAGAAAUGCUGAGUGUGCAGAUCCAACUCCUGGCUUGUGCCAUGCUGCUAGUUUGCUACAGCGUGGCUGAAGACGAUGCAGCUUUGAGUCGGGACCAAGUGCCCUACUUUUUGAACAAAGGGAUAUUUAUUAUCCAAAGUGAACAUCUCAACCUGUGCAUUAAAGCAGACACAUUUGGACUUGUUCUUGAAGACUGCAAUCAACUUUCCAAAUACAUGCUGUGGAAAUGGGUAUCAAAACGUCAUCUUUUCAACAUAGGUAGAAGCACUUGUCUAGGACUGAACAUUAGUAAUGAAGAGCAACCUUUAAGCCUAUUAGAAUGUGAUUCUACUCAGCAUUCAUUAUGGUGGAACUGUAAUGGAAAGCUAUUGGUUGGUGCAUCAGAAUACAAACUCGCAGCUGAAAAUGGCAAACACAUAAUAGCAAAAAGAAUCACUAAUCAUGAGUGGAAGCAGUACAUGUCCCAUGAUGAAGAUCUUUGUGAACGUCCAUUUCAAGAAACAUAUACCCUGUUGGGCAAUUCUCUUGGUUUGCCUUGUAUUUUUCCGUUUAAAUAUAAGAAGAAAUGGUACUAUGAAUGCAUCAGAGAAAGCAGGGAAUUUUACUGGUGUGCCACAACAAGUCAAUAUGAACAAGAUGAAAAAUGGGGUUUUUGCCCAAAUGCUGAGCCUGGUUGUGACAUAUUUUGGGAGAAGAACCCUGACACCCACAUUUGCUAUCAGUUCAAUCUUUUUUCUAUUCUUUCGUGGAAUGAGGCACGUAUUGCAUGUCAGACACAAGGAGGAGAUUUGCUGAGUAUCACAGACAUGACAGAGCAGAAGUAUAUAAGUGAGAAGUUAAGCACCAAAGAAAUUCUGCUAUGGACAGGCCUAAAUAGACUGGAUGAAUGUGCUGGCUGGCAGUGGUCAGAUGGGGCACCAUUGGCAUUUGUGAACUGGAGAUCAAAUCUCACUGAUAGCCCACCUGAAGAAAAUCACUGUAUGGUGUUUAAUUCAAAGGUGCAGUAUGACUGGCAAAGUUACAAGUGUGAAUCUAGAUUGCCUUAUGGAUGCAAAAAAUAUGGAAGUAGUGCUGAGUAUGAAACAUUUGAUUCAUGGAAGUAUCAUCCUACCAACUGUAAUCCUGGCUGGUAUUCCUAUAAUCUCAACUGCUACAAACUUCACAAAGAGGAAAAGAGCUGGAAUGAGGCCCACCUCUCUUGCCAGACUGAUAAUAGCAGCCUUAUUAGUAUAACUUCCUUGGCAGAACUGGAGUUACUUAUUAACUUUCUAGAACAAGAAAAUGUGACUGAAACAUGGAUUGGCUUGAACAGUAAUAAAAACCUCGUUAUUUUUCAAUGGUCUGAUGGCUCCUUAGUAACCUUCACUAACUGGCAUAAGCAAGAACCAAAUAUCUUUCAGAAAACAAGUCAACUUUGUGUCUCAGCAGAAGGAUCUGCAGGACGCUGGAAAGUUAAAAAUUGUGAGGAUAAAUAUUUUUACAUUUGUAAAAGAGAAGGAUGGUUUGAAAAUGUCACGUCCAAGGAAGAAUCAGGCUGUCAAGAGGGAUGGGAGAGACAUGGUGGAUAUUGUUACAAAAUCGACAAUACCCCUCGAAGUUUUGAACAUGCUUCCAGUGGCUAUUACUGUCCUCCUUCACUUGUAACAGUAACAAACAGAUUUGAACAAGCUUUUAUCAACAGUAUGAUUCGUAGAAUGGUAGAAACUGAUAACACCUAUUUUUGGAUAGCCCUACAAGACCUUAACAAUACAGGAGAAUACUCCUGGCUUACUACAGAGGGGAAGAAUCAGCCUGUAAGCUAUACAAACUGGAACAAGUAUCAGCCAAGCCAUUCUGGAGGAUGUGUUGUUAUUCGCAGAGGGCAACCUCUUGGUUACUGGGAAGUGAAAAACUGUAGAAGCUUCAAAGCUAUGUCAUUGUGUAAGCAAAAAAUGGACUCAUAUGAAGAAAAUCAGCCUAAUUUUGAAGAACCUUCAGAUGCAUGUUAUCCUGGGUGGGAAUCAGAUUCUAACCUGCUCAACUGCUACAAGGUAUUUCACUAUGAGAAAGUUUUGAAGAAAAGAACAUGGGAUGAAGCAGAGGAAUUAUGCCAAGAUCUUGGAGCACAUCUUGCCAGCUUUACCCAUGUGUAUGAAGAGGAUUUUUUGAACACAUUUUUAAACAAAAUAUUUGAUAGGGUGGACGAAAGACAAUUCUGGAUUGGAUUUAAUAAAAGAAAUCCCUUGUCUGGAGGAACAUGGGUGUGGUCCGAUGGAACUCCUGUUGUAUCUGCAUUUUUACAGAACAUAUAUGUUGAAGAUGAUUCAAGAAAUUGUGCAGCAUACCAAGUAAAUAGAACAGUCCUGCCAUUGCAUUGCAAUGGAAAGCGUGAAUGGAUAUGCAAAAUACCAAAAGGUGUUAAGCCAAAGAGUCCAAUUUGGUACAUACAUGAACCCCCAUUGUCUUAUUAUCAAGGAGCAGAAUAUCUCUUUCAUAUUAGUGCCUCAGAGUGGGCCAUCUUUGAGUUCAUUUGUGGUUGGCUUCGUGGUGAAAUAGUGACAAUAAAAUCUUCCGAUGAACAAGAAUUUAUUCACAGUAAAAUAAAACAGCUAUCAAAAAGUGAUUUACGCUGGUGGAUUGGAUUGCAUUCCGAAGUACCUAGUGAUGGAUUUCGCUGGAGAGACGGGUCGCCAGUAGUUUAUGAGAACUGGAAUGAAGAAAGAGAAAGAUCUGUGCGCACACAAGGGGAAAGAUGUGGCUUCAUUUCAUCACAUACAGGACUUUGGGGUGAUGAAAACUGUACCACUUCUCUUCCUUCUAUUUGUAAGCGUAAAACUGUAUGGAAAAUAGAGAGAGAAAUUCUAAGAGGCCAGAACCAUCAAGGAGUAUGUCCCAAAGGAUGGCUGUACUUUGGAUUCAAGUGCUUCUUGAUACAAAUUCCAAAGAAUCCAGACCAUCUGAGGAACUGGUACUCUGCCCAGACUUUCUGCAGUGAACAGAAGGGGUCACUUGCUUCUAUUGAAAAUGAAGCAGAACAAGCUUUCAUAACAAUGAAUCUGUAUGGACAGAGGACUAGUGUUUGGAUAGGUCUGCAGAGUGAUGAUUAUGACAAAUGGGUGAAUGAACAACCGAAAGUAUAUUCCAAUUGGUCUCCAGUUGAAGCAGCUCAUGGUCAGGAAUAUGACGGUGUUAAUAUUCAAGAACAAGUUUCAUUGUGUACCUUGGUCUCAAAUAACCCUAAUUUUCAUUUUACGGGAAAAUGGUACUUAGAAAGCUGUGAGAAAAAUUAUGGCUUUAUCUGCCAAAAGUCUCAAGAUAUGUCCAGUCAUGCCAUAGAUGCAUCUGAGAUGUAUCCAGUACCAGAUAUUUUAGAAUAUGGAAGCAGAACAUAUAAAUUAAUACGUGGAAAUAUGACUUGGUUUGCUGCUUUAAAAACCUGCCUGACGAAUGGAACUGAAUUGGUCAGCAUUACAGAUCAGUAUCACCAAGCCUUCCUCACUGUUAUUGUAAACAGACUAGGAUAUGCCCACUGGAUUGGGCUGUCUACCUCAGAUAGCGGGCUUAAUUUUGAGUGGUCAGAUGGUACAAAGUCUUUGUUUACCUUUUGGGGAGACGAGGAGUCUCAGUCACUGGGCAGCUGUGUUUAUAUUGAUAUUAAUGGACAGUGGGAAAGUGCUAAUUGUGAAAGACUUCUACAAGGAGCAAUUUGCCAUGUACCAACUGAAAAGAAACUAAUUGAAUCCAGAGGCUUAUGCUCAGAAGAAAAUGUGGCCUGGAUAAAAUUUAAAAGCAAUUGCUACAGUUUUUCAACAGUUUUUGAAAGUACCAGUUUUGAUAUGGCAAAUGUAUUUUGCAAAAAGCAAGGAUCUCAUCUCUUAACUAUUAAAGAUGAAGAUGAAAAUGUUUUCAUUCUGGAAGAACUGCACCAUUUUGGCUCUUCUGUCCAAAAGAUUUGGUUGAACAUUCAGUUUGUUGCAGACAAUAACACAGUAGCAUGGCGUGAUGGUUCUCCCUUAAAUUAUUCCAACUGGGGCAUCAGAGAGCCUGACUUGGACAAUCUCAAAGGGAAUUUUUGUAUUGCUUUGAGGACUACAGAUGGAGCAUGGCAAUUAUCUCCCUGCAGAGAAAAAAUGGGAUUUGUAUGUAAAAUGGAUACAGAUAUCUUUGAAACAGUGCAAACUGUAAAAGCAUCAUACCAUCAGAUCAUAGCUCUCGCUGUAAUGGUGACACUGGUGAUGGUGGCUGCUAUUUCUACAUUUCUAUGGUGCCUGUACAGACAGAAUGGCAGUCUCUUCUCUAGAAUACGAUGGUUCAGAAAUCCAUAUUAUUCACAAACUAACUCUGACUCUUUAGCUCUGGAAGAAAGCAACCUCAUUUCUGAUUUCGAGAGUGAAAAUUAAUGAUGCAAGGAGGACCAAAACAAUUGCAUUUAAUAAAAAAAAAAUCUGUAGAAUGUUGUGAAUUGGUUGCUACUUAGGACCAGAUCACCUCUUGUUUUUUUGCAAUGGACAAAAUGAAGAUCGGAAAAAACAUUCAAAUGGGAAAACAGCUAUCAAAAAGAAGGGCAGUGAAGCCUAAGUAGCAGCUGUAUGAUCCUUCCUUCUGCUCCUGUGAAAACUUCUCUGUGUAAGGCCUCUGCAGAUAUUAAGGGAGCACAAAUGGACAGAGACCAGUUAGAACCAGGAAACCUAUGGCAUAUGCUGCAGCAUCAACUCUGUAGCAUUAACUCAGGUAGUUUUGCAUUCCAUUCCUGCAAAACCCCGUGGAAAACAAGUUUGCUGGUUAUGAACAGUCUUUCUUUGAAGUUCUGCAACUCUAGCAGAUAGAUUACUCAAGGAGUAUCACUCUCUGUGAUGAUGCAAGACCCAGGAUGUUUGCUGCUUCUGUUCUUACAGAUUCAAAUACACUGAGCUCAGUCUUGCUCCCAUUGAAGUCAGUAGUAAAUCUCCCAUUGACUUCAGUGGUACAGUCCAGAUCCUGGAAUGAGAUCCUGUUCUAGUUUGAUAUUGGUUCAAUGCAGUGUUGUUAAGUAACCAGUCUUAGGGGAAUCUCUGUGAAUCUUACCCUUAAUCUGCAGUUGCCUGAAAAUCAUCAGGAACUGCAAAACCUCUCAGGUUACACAAGACAAUUCCACAGAAACCCAAUGCUGUGAAGGCAGCAGAGAUUUUUCACUUAACUUUGUUCUUUCUGUGGUUUUUAUUAUUAUUUGUUGUUGCAUUUCUUGAAAGCAGAGCAAAAUUUAAUCACAUUACUACAAUAAACUUUUGCUCAGUACCCAGUUUUGUGCAAAGAGAGUGACACUAGCAUCAUUUUUUUUCAGACAGAGGAAUAGCCCAUGUAGAUUUCCAGCAUGGAAAGAAAUAAGCCAUUCUUGAUUGGUUUGUUUGCUUGUCUUUAAGGGGUUGGUUUUUUUGUCUGGUUUGGGUUUUUUUGUUUUAUUUUGAAAAUUAAAAAGGGGGGGAAAUUGGAGUGUUAGAAUUGAUCAGUUCAGUCCACCAUUCCUACUUUAUUGUUAAAAUAUUUCAUACUUACAAUAGCCUACAGAUUUAAUUUCUUCAGAUUGUUAAUAUACAGGAGUUACGCCCAGUUACCAGUUAAAGAUUAAAUUUUGAGAUAACACACUUGUUUGGGAUUUUUUGUUUUGUUUUGUUUUUGUUUUGCUCAUCUUGCAUUGAUCUUGCAUUGAUCAUGUUUUUUGUCAGUGUUAUUCAAGCUAUGGUAAGAACUUCCUUUUUUUUUUUACAUAAGGAAUUAUUGUUACAUCACCUAAUUCUCAUUAGCCCUAACCCAGGGCUAUAAGAGUUGACUGUGUUUUCUGUUCUUCCUGUACUGGACUUUUUCCCCAUUCCUCUAACUUGCUUUUCCUGGAUCACAGACAUUUUGUAUAAUUCCUAAUUUGAAAAUUUGGUGAACAUUUUUUCCUUCUAAUUCAUACCAAUAUUGAUGGUAUUAGCAAUUUGUUUACAGUUAUUUCAGUUGAAAAUUAAAAUAGUGUACUAAAAGGAUAAAUAAUGCUCUUCUGUGUUUAUUUUCCCCUUAAUCUUCCUCAUAUUAAUAUUUUGUUUGAGCCAAAU